AAUCUUUCAAUCUUAUCACAAAUUCCACUAUAAAUACAAUGUGUCUAGCUGAAGUCAACAUUAUACUCACAACGCCUUCUGAGGAAGCAGCAGUGGGAAUUUUCUUGAAAAAAAAAACCAAAAUGAUGAAGAGCCUGAUUCUUGUUGCGGUGCUCGCCGCCCUCGCUGUCUGCAACGACGCAGCCGCUCUUCAAGAGCCUGCCUUCAGAGCUAACCUGUACCAAGGAGCCAUCAGGCCCGGAGACCGACUACUCCACAGCAACUACUACGUGAAGAACGCUAUUCCUAACGCUUCUCAGUGGCAGGACAUCAAUUACAACGGCAGCUCACGCACAAGGAUCUCCUACAUCCAAGUCACCGAGGUCGGCUACUCCCAGCGGGGUAUUCCAUCCCUCAUGGCUGGUGGUGUCAACUACAACUACGCUAGAAUCAGACUGACCACCCAAAGAGGAAUGGGUUACUACUACCGUGUUGAGAUCUGGGGUCGUUAAGAUAACCACCGAGGAACCGCAAAGACAACCAAAUUGACAAACCAUCAUAAAAUAAUAAUUAAAGCGGGUAUUAUACCUAUGUAUACGUAAGAAAA